AUGAAGGCGGCGAAGCGGGGAGCGAAGGCGCCUCGCGCUGGUGGCGGGCGGGCCGAUCCCAGCGCGCCGCAGAUGCCGCCAACCGUCAUCUCUGACACGCGGUUCGCCGCGCUCCACUCAGACCCACGAUUUGCGCGCGUGCCGGUGCGCGAGACGCGCGUGGCGGUGGACGCGCGGUUCUCAGGCAUGUUCCGCUCGGCGCAGUUCGGCGAGGCGGGCGGCGUGGACAAGCGCGGGCGGCGGCGCGAGGCGCAGCAAGGGGCCGACCUGAAGCGGUACUACCGCGUGGAUGUGGGGGGGGGCGGGGAGGAGGGGGAUGAGGGGGAGGAGGGGAAUGAGGGCAGAAGGGAGAGAAAUAAGGAGGAAGCAAGGUUGAAAAAGGAGGAGGAGGAGGAGGAGGAGGAGGAGGAGGAGGAGGAGGAGGAGGAGGAGGAGGAGGUGGAGGAGGAGGAGCAGGUGGAGGAGGAGGAGGAGGAUGAGGAGGAGCAGGUGGAGGAGGAGGAGGGUGAGGCUCGGAGAGUGAAAGCGAUGAAGAGGCAUCAACCCUACAGGUGCGUGCCUUACUCCAAUCCCUCUCUGCUCGCCUUUGCCCCCCUGCCCACCCCCUACCCGUUCACAUCUCUCAAUCUCUGCUCGCCUUACGUCUCGCCGCGCACUCAUCUCUGGACCCCCUUGAUCACACCGUUCCGCUUCCCCACCACAUGCACUUCCCCACCACAUGCACUUCCCCACCACAUGCACUUCCCCACCACAUGCACUUCCCCACUCUUGCUCAUCUCUGCUCCACCCCCUCCCUCCCUCUCAUCGCCCCACAUCCGCUCUGCCCCCAUCUCUCACCGCCGACUAUUCCGCCUGGCAGCAGGUGGAGGAGCGAGUGGAGACGGUGGAGGAGGUAACGAGGCGCCUUGCGCUCGUCAACAUGGACUGGGACAACGUGCGGGUGAGAUGAGAGGAGAGGGGCGUGCGGGUGAGACGGGGGGGAACGUGCGGGUGAGACGGGGGGGAACGUGCGGGUACUACUACGCGGUGGUGGAGUGUGACAGCGCGGCCACGGCGGCCCACGUGUACGCGGAGUGUGACGGUAUGGAGUUUGAGAACAGUGCCAACCAGCUCGACCUGCGCUUCAUCCCCCACGCCAUGACCUUCACCGACCGACAACCCCGCGACUCCUGCACCGAGGUGCCGGGGGACUACGAGGCACCGGUGUUCACGACGCGGGUGCUGCAGCACAGCACGGUGAAGCUCACGUGGGAUGAGGACGAGCCCACCCGCGUGCGAGCACUGCGCCGCAAGUUCGCCACAGACCAGGUGAGCGCAGACCAGGUGAGCUCAGAACAGGUGCGUGCCGACCAGGUGCCAGCCGACCAGGUGCGUGCCGACCAGGUGCGUGCCGACCAGGUGCGUGCCGACCAGGUGCGUGCCGACCAGGUGCGUGCCGACCAGGUGCGUGCCGACCAGGUGGCGGAUCUGGACUUUCGCGACUACCUCGCCUCGUCCUCGGGCGAGGAGGGGGACGAAGAGGGAGAGGACGAGGAGGAGGAUGAGGAGGAGCAGAGAACGGAGAAUGGUGGCAGGAAGGAGGAAGGGAAGAAGAAGGGCGGAGGGACAAGAGAGAAGCUGAGGAUGCUGUUGAAGGGGCUGGCGGGGGAUGGCGAGGGCAAGAGGAAGAAGGGGAAAGGGAGACCGGGAGAGGCAGAGGGGGAGGAGUCGGAUGGGGAGGGGUCGGGGUCAUCAGGGUUGGAGGGCGACAUGGAGGUGACAUUCAGCACAGGGCUGGCAGCGCUGGGCGACAAGCUGGCACGGCGGCGCAGCGAGCAGCAGCGCAGCGGCAGCGAGACGGUGUUUGAGGCGUACCAGCGGCAGCGCAAGGAGCGCCGCAAGGAGCGCCGCCGACUGGCCGAGGAGAGCAAGGCGGCAGGAGGGAGCGCAGGGGGGAGUGCGGAGGAGGAGGCAGGAAGCGACGAGGACCUGUACGACAGCAGGCGCGUGCAGCAGGAGAACGACCCCUUCUUUGCUCUGCCCGCCGACGAGGACCCCUUUGCUGAUCCCUUCUUUGCCUCCGCUGAUGCCGGCGGUGCUGCUGCUGGCAUGGCCAUGGGUGGCAACGGAGGGGCUGGAGGGGGGAAGGGAGUUAAGGCAGGGAAGAGUGAGUAUGAAAGGAAGGCAGAAGCGUGCGAGAGGAAGAGGGCGGAGCGGGAGCGAGAGAGGGCAGAGGAGGAGAGGCGGCGGGCGGAGCUGGAGUUGCUGCUGAUGGAGGGGGGCGAGGGCGCGGGGGUGAAGGGGUUCAACCUCAAGGCGGAUGCACGCAAGGCCAGGGAGCAGCGCCGCGCGCAGGGCAGAGGGGCGAGGGGGGGGCAUGGCGCAGCGGGGGAGGAGGAGGCUGAUGGGGAGGGAGGAAGAGCGCGGUCGGUGGGUGGUGGCGGCAAGGUGGGGAGGGGCGGAAGGGAGGGGAGGAGUGUGGAGCAGGCAGAGGCGGGGCGGGGUGUGGACGUGAAUGAUCCGCGCUUCGCUGCUCUCUUCACGUCAUCGCACUUCGCCAUCGACCCCACCGACCCCCGCUUCCUCAAGUGA